AGUCCCUUCUGACCCCUCCCCGAGUUUCUCACCACAGUUUACUUAGUACUCUGAAAUUCUUUGGUGCCUUCUUUUAAACUUUCUCUGGUCCCAACAAAGCCCCUGGCCCUCCGAGAAACUGAGUGCUGGCCACGCUACGGUGUACUGUGCCUUUAAACAACAUUUUGGACUGCCAAGCACAUGGCUGUCAGAACGAAUUGUACAGUUUCUGUAACUUCCUGUAUGAUGGGGUCUGAUGAUGAUGAUGGCUAUAACGUAAUUGCUUCGCGGGAAAAAGCAAAAAAGAUGGCGAUUAGAACUUUGCAAGAAUAAUAUAUUUCAUUUCCACUAUGAAGAGAGGCCAGUGAUUACAACAGUGCAAGUGAGAGAGGAAGUGGGUGGAACAGCUGCUAGAAUCCGAUUGUUAUUAUUUUUCUUUGCUCCACACUGAAAGUGACACUAGGAAAUUCAGUCUGCAGUACCACUGAGAAUGAGCAGUCUCUGACAGGCAGCGCUAACACUUGCUCUGAUUUUUUUCAAAGUUGCACCAAUCUUGGAUCAUCCACAGCUCACUUAUACACAAAGAUUCAUGGGUGAGUGAUGAUGGCUUUGGAGAGGUAGACUGGCAAAUGUGGGCAAGUAGAGGAAAAGUGUUUUUGUUUCCAAGAGGUAGAGCACAAGUGUGGGAAUUCUGGAAGCUGAUGGAGAACAGCAGAAUAGAUAAGUCAGUUCGUAAUGUAUGUGUAUCCCCCAAUCGCGUCCAGCAUCCAGCAGUAGAACCGGCUCACAUUCAAGGAAAGGCCUACCCGGACAUCUCUAUAGCAGUGGAUGAAGGGCAUUACGUUUUGUGCAGGUGGACAGAUGGACUCUAUUACCUUGGGAGGAUAAAGAGGGUGAGCACUUCCAAACAGAGUUGUCUUGUAACGUUUGAGGAUAACUCAAAGUAUUGGGUCCUCUGGAAGGAUAUUCAGCAUGCUGGCAUUCCAGGUGAACAGCCAAAGUGUAGCAUGUGUUCAGGGCAGACAUCGGUUCCACUGAAUCAAAUUUUAAUAUGCGGAAAAUGUGGAUUAGGUUAUCAUCAGAAGUGUCACAUUCCCAUUGUGGAGGGCGAUGCAAGCACAUCACUCACACCGUGGUUUUGCCGAAGGUGUAUCUUUGCACUAGCUGUACGGAAAGGAGGUGCAUUGAAAAAAGGGACAAUCGCAAAAGCUCUCAGCAUCGUCAAAAUGGUGCUGCCGUACAGCCCAGAAGAUUUAGUGUGGGACUCAGGACACAGAACCAAUCAUCAGCAAUGUUACUGCUAUUGUGGAGGGCCUGGAGAGUGGUACUUGAAGAUGCUACAAUGUUGCAAAUGUCUGCAGUGGUUCCAUGAAGCCUGUACUCAGUGCCUAAACGAGAGUAUGAUGUAUGGAGACAGGUUUUAUUGGUUUAUUUGCUCUGUAUGUACCAAAGGACCAGAAUAUAUAAAGCGCCUUCCUCUGAGGUGGGUAGAUGUUGUCCACCUUGUGCUGUACAAUCUGGGUGUACAAAGUAAAAAGAAGUACUUUGAUUUUGAAGAAAUUUCCACAUGUGUAAAUAAGCACUGGAGUAAUCUGCAGCUUGGAAAGCUGGCUGACACACCCCUUCCAGAACGAAAUCCACACCUUCUUGAAGCACUUAAAAGUUACAAAAGCAGGUUUCUGUGUGGUAAGGAGAUAAAAAAGAGGAAAUGCAUUUUCCGGCUUCGAAUUCGAGUACCUCCAAACCCUCCAAGCAAACUGCUGCCAGAUGUGUCUUGUUUAUCUGAGAAUGGGCUUACUGAACUGAAAAGAGGAAGGAGCAAGUUUGUUCACAAAAAUAGUUCACUUCCACAGGCGUUCCAGCAACAGAAGCAACGAGCUACACGGAAAAAGAGAGCAAAGUUUCUACUGGAGGAUGCCAUUCCAAGUAGUGAUUUUACAUCUGCAUGGAGUACUAAUCACCAUCUUGCUAGCAUAUUUGAUUUUACGUUGGAUGAAAUACAAAGUUUGAAAAGCUCUAGUUCAGGGCAGACGUUUACCUCGGACUUCGACUCCACAGAUGCAGCUAGCACUUCAGGAUCGGCAACAACAAGCUUAUCGUAUGACUCGCGAAGGAAUGUGGGCAGCAGAAAAAGAAAGCUUGCAAGUAAAAUGUACAAUUCACUGGGACUGAAGAGACAGGCCACAGAGCAGAAUGAAAGGUCGAGCAGUUUUGUUUCUGAGGCCAGUGAGGUGCCACGUGCACAGGAUCGCCAUGACGAAGGCGUUGACAGCCACACCUUUGAAAAUAUCAGCGAAGAUGAUUCUUCGCUUUCCCACUUGAAGACUUCCAUCACCAGUUAUUUUGGAGCAGCGGACAGGUUGUCAUGUGGUGAGAAGUUCCAAGUUCUUGCCAGGAGGGUUACUGUAGAAGGAAUCCAGUAUCUGGUCGAAUGGGAAGGCACCAGUCCAUACUAAGGGACUUUAACAAUCAAAGUAUAGACUGUGGAACAAUUGUAUUACAGAAAAACCAAAGCAGGAAAUGUGGGGUAAUUUUAAUUUUGUAAGUUGAGGAGAUGCACAGCUGUUAACUUGCUAGUGUCCCAAACAGACUGUUGUGGCAAACUGAUAAAGAUUAAGAAAUGCUUGAUUCCACAAUAUUGACAAGAUUGUUUCUUUAAGAGUUUCUUAGGGAACGGCUUUAUGCACGUCUGUUUUAUGUACACCUUUUGUUUUAGCAAAUGAUCAUUUUGUUAGUAGAUGCACAUUUCAACAUCACUGGCACUUUGAUGCGGUAAAAUGUUCUGCGACUUACUGUCUGUUGCCUCUGCAAUGGAAGAACCAUUUUAAUUUGAACUGUUGUGCUGUACAAGAACAAGAUGACAUCACCUCAGUAUUGUAACACCACCACCACAAAUCUGUGAAUAAUCUGUACCCCGAUGUUUAAUCUUGAAUUUAAUUUUGUUCACCUAAACGUGAUUUCAUGGGACCUCCCUUCACAUAAUAAAGAAGAACGUUUUUGUUGCUAGGCAUGAACCAUAUGUGGAAGUGCAGGUGUCUUGGAAAGUCUUUUUCCCUCCAGUUGAAGCAGAUCCAUUAAUUGGGGGUGGCUUAAUAUAUACUAAUUUAUGGUUUUGAUAUACAUUAAGGGGUGCUUCUGUUGCCUUGUCUGUGGUAGCUUUAUACUACCACAUCAAGGAGUUUAGAAGAACCAUUACUGUCUUUCUUUACUGGACAGCAUACAAUGGGUGAUCCUGAUUUCCUCUGUCAGUUUCAGCCAUCUGCUGCUGCUUCUGUGACAUACAUGUUCACAAUGAGCCUAAUGAAAGCUUCUUCAUGGUCUUAGAAGCAUCUCUUUAGCAAACCCAUCAGGUGAUGCCAAAAAGGUCAUCUCACCUGGAUAACAAGUCACAGCUUCCUUUGCAAGCUUUAUCUGACCUAUUUUUCUUCCUCUGCUGAUCCCUUACUUUUUCAGGCACUGGUUCUUAUAUGUCCUGUGGAUAAUGUGGUAUUGUAAGAGUAAGUUGUGGCAGUGUACCACAAUGAACCAUCGCAAGGGUAGUAAAAGUACCCCCGUGCCCCUUUGAUAAGUCAUUUCUUACACCAUCCAUGUCUUCUUGCAUUGUUAGCAUUUUAAGGUGAAGCAUGGUCUCUGCUACUUGCUCAUGUCCCUGAGCAAUCUGUUCUGUGCAGGAUGUGUGUAUGUAUGUAUAUAUAUAUAUAUAUAUAUAUAUAUAUAUAUGUAUAUGUAUAUGUAUACAUAUAUAUAUAUAUAUAUAUAUAUAUAUAUAUAUGUAUAUGUAUAUAUAUAUAAUUUCUGUGAUGUUUUGUUUUUACAGUGCUGAGUACCAAUCCCUUACACAAACAGGUGGCUGAUUUUCUAGACAAUAUCAGACCGUGUGCACACCUUUUCUUUUAUUUGCUUAUACAUAAGCCUGGUAUAUGCUUACACUUUAUUCUGUGUUCCUGACUCACCUCCUGGUAUUUGUUACCAGAAAAACUGCUGUCUUUGUAUUUACUUUGAAAAACAUGAAGUUCAGGAAUAUGUUAUUGUGAAUUCAUUAUCCUGGGGGAACUGGCAGGCCUUUUAUAAUCAUCCCAGCACUGGAAGGAUGGUCAUUGGGAUCAUCACCUUGUGACCUCUUCAGCUGCUUGGAAACCAUGCACACAUUGCAAGGUGGACAUCACAACACUUUCAGUCCAGUUCAGGAAAGUUAGUGAAAAUGAGAAUUUGUUUUGGUGUUGGAAGUUUUAACUUUUCUUCAGUUUCUUCUGGCACUGAAGGUAAGAAGAAUGCAUGCAUGUUUGAUGGAAUGUAGUGCACCAUAAACUAAAAGUAUACAUCUUAUCCAGUCUUACAUGAUGAGGUGUAGUAGAGUUUAACUCAAAUUGCUAAGACCUAAUGAGGCACAGGCAAUCACUAGGAUAAUCUUUGUUUAACCAUGGACUAUAAAAUGUACAGAGGAAAAUCAGUGAUUAAAGCAUAAAUAUAUUGCUAAAAUAAUAACCCCUAGAUUUUCACAGAUUUGUGGAGGUUUAUGCAUGUUUGAAAGCUGUUAAUGUAGUUGAAAUUGAGGCCAAUAUACAACUCCAGCUUGUAGUAGUUCAGACCUAGCAAGCAUUUGGCUUUACAGUUGCUCAAUUAGAUGCCCUCUGUGGUCAUUUACCAUCAGGGUUUAUGCUGCAUAGUAUUAGUGACAUUUUAAAAAGUAAAAGUAACUGUUUCACUCAUUUAGACUGUGAGUUUUUAAAGGAUGUGAUGGAGAUGCCAUAAGGAGUUGUAAAGUUAAACAAAUGUGUCUUCUAAUGUCAUCAACUUGUUACGGCUUUUAAGGCCCUUUAACAGCACAUUAACAGUCAGAAUAUUUUGCCAGUUGAUUAAAAUGCAUUCCGCAUAUAAUACCCCAUGUUUAAGCACCUUUCUUGUUUUAAAGGUGCCGGUGCUAUUUCAUUUUUGCUGCACUUUUAUACCAAUAAGAGCACUUAUAACACAAGCACUUAUACUGAUAUUGUUGUAGAAUAUGCCAUUCUUUGGUGUGGCUAUGCAUUUCAUCAGGCUAUUCCUAUGGAAUGGGAGCUGUUGGGUAUUGGGACUCUGGAAGCAUGUUUCAACAGUGUAGGCAGGGAUGAUCCCUACCAGUAGUGUCACACUGAUUUUGUAUCCCAUAUACCAACACAUGUAGGUAGGGAUGAUCCCUACCAGCAGUGUCACACUGAUUUUGUACCCCACAUACUAACACAACCAGGCCUUUUAUCACAGACUGGUUUGCAAAGAUACUUUUGAAUGAGGGCUGCACAUUUUGCUGUAAAUAUCCAACAAAUUUUUAGAUGCCCUAUUUGUCGAUACCAACCAGUUUGGGCUGGAAGUGUAGGACAUCAAAAGAUUCAAGGCUUGUAAUGAGCUGUACAGAUAGCCAUAUCGCAUUAUUCUGAUAGUUUAUUCUUUUUGUUCAGAAGAAAGCAGUAACAUGACAUUCUGACCAUUUACCAGUAGAAAAGGGCUUUUUGCUGCCCAGGGAAUGUGGUUUUAAGGCCCCCAAACCUGGAUCACACUGUAAUCUCAGUUAUGCCCAGCCUCACCACUAAACCACUUAACAGCUCCUUUUUUUUUGUUUGAUAACAAGGAGGAAGGGGGGGGGGCAAGCAAAACAUAAAACAAUAUUGUCAUAUCAUACCUAGAAUAGUUUAACUCUCAGGCUGUACUGUUAAGAGAUAUUAAUAUGCAGAGAGUACAAAUCUUCUGUAAGCACUUGUAGUCUACUGUUAUGUAUUUCUGUCCUUCCCAGGUUACUUAAGAACAAACUAGACAGAGUCCUGUCAAGAUAAAAUGCCCUACCCUGGAUUCAGCUUUAUUAACAUCUUGAAAUUCAAUUCACAAAGGAAUAAAUAAAAAGCAGCUGUAAAUAGUUAUUAUUCUGAUUUUGGCAUUUCUCAGCAACAGAUGGUCAAAACAGCCAGGCAAGAGAGUCCUUUUCCUUUUUUUUUUUUUUUAUUUGCCAUAGUAACUUACUUAAAAUAAAAAAAAUCUGACCGUAACUCACUUAUGAAGUCAAACUGAUGGGUAAAUUCUAGAGAAGAUGUAAGUAAAUCUUAGACUAGGCAGUUCAUUAUGUAAACAUAUGCAAUAGAUGCGGAAUGAUGGUAAAAUUAGGUAAUGGUGAGUUCCUCAGGAGAAAAGAAGUGAACUUCAUUUGUAAUCCUAAGUGGUUAUUAAAUCACAUUUAAUUUCCCCUACUGUUCAUUAGAAAGUUAAAUAAUGUUUCCUCUCUUUUGAAGAGGCAGAAUAUUACUGACGGAAAAUUGACAAGUGAAGCUUUUAGGCAUUAGCCCUCACCAGUAAAAAUAAACUCCACAUAAGUUAUUUAUGAACUUGCUCGUAUACGUUUUUGCAACCUACCUCAAUGAACCUCCCACUAAAUGGCUACAGUUUUUCCCACUCUUGGAUAUGCUGGAGUCAGAUGGCUUGUAUCAUAAUUUUCUUAGUUUGUUCUCUCUUUUUUUGUAUGCUUGCAGAGCUUUUAGUUCAUAGUAUAAACCAUCCAGAAAAUUUGGUUAAUUCCUAUUGACCUUUGUUAAUACCAUCUUACUCGCUAAAGAAAAAAAACAUUCUGCCAUCCUUCAAAGUACAGAUCAGUAACACAUAUCCCUUUUUGCCAAAAUGCAUGUUCUUGUUGCUGAAAUGAAUAUAAAAAAGGUUAAUGACCAUAGUUUGCUUUUUAUUUAACAAAAUUAGUCAUCCUUCUCGCACUCCCUACUCUCCUAAGUGUAUCAAGUUUUCACUCUGAAGACUGCUUUUAAUGGCACGCUAAUAGUCUUCUUAUCCUUGUCCACUUUAUAAACAAAACAUUGACCUCCAUCAUAUCAGGCAGUCUUCUGUGUGAACUCUAUUCAUUUAACAUGGACCAAAUAUUUGGUAACUGGUUUUCAAAGUACUUAACAGGCAUUCUUCAAAGUCAAACCACCUCAAGAGGACUCGAAGAUUUGUCCUAGAACCCUUUUCUGUUUUCAUUCAUUAUAUAUAUAACUUGGAGCAAACCCAGCCUUUAUGCUACACUUCAUGCAUUGUUUACGGUUUUAUACCAUUUGAUGUUUGAAGCAAAAGCCACCAUUUAUUUUCAGUGCCAUCUUCCAGCAGAAGAGCAACGUGUAUAGUAUGUAAACUGUGUGCUAGCAGUAGACCAACAUUCCACUAAUUCUUGUAGCCAAAUAGACAUUUAAUCAUUGGCAAAGCUCCCUCAUUUAGUCAUUUGGAACUGUUGACCGAAAAUCAUGUUAAGACUGACCACCUUGCUCUUAAAGAUUAGUGCAGUUCUUGAAAUGUUACUAAAUUAUCCACUUAUCCACUUCUCAGACAAACCAAACAGAUCAUGGUAUAAAAAUAGAGUUUCUCCCUCAAGAAGUUUGAAGUGUGUGUGUGUGUGUGUGUGUGUGUGUGUGUGUGUGUGUGUGUGUGUGUGUGUGUGUGUGUGUGUGUGGCUCAAGAUAUAAUGGUUCAUUGGGUGUUUUGUAAAAAGUGUAAUUUUGUAACUGCUUCUCUCUCUCUCUCUCUUUCUUAGUUUAAGGAGUUAGGAAUAGGUAAUCACAUUCUGAACUGACAAUGUCUGGUACCCCAGCAGUUCAAUGCCUGCAUCUUCAGUAUAGUAUUGCAAGGUUUCAGUUUUGAUUUUUCUGUACACAGGCUGUUUGUCAGGGAGACAGCCUCACUGGCUACCCCAAUUUAAUUAACUACACAUGUCAAGACUGUUAGAAGCUUGUCCAUUUCAUUUUGGCCUUUAUAUGCCACUAUACCUAGUUUAGGCGAAAUGGUAAUUGACAAUCAGGUUUGCUGGCACUUUUUCGCAUAUCAUCAGCAAGGUUUUGUCUGUUAAUCCCCUUCCCCUUCUUACACCACACAUUUAUAGUUUGCCAAGGUUUAGCUUGAUAACUGUAGGUUUUCCUUUGUUUAGAUACAUUUGACAGUUUCUUGUGAUGACUUCCAGUAUUUUGCAUUCCAUCAUCUUCUGCUUACUUAAUGUCAUAUUGCCUUGUUAUAAUAACAUUUAGAGUGUUUUGCUUCAAUUCAUUGACUUACCUUUUGUACUGUGGCAUACGGUACCUGUGGUGUCGUGAUAAUAGCUUCCUCUCUCUAAUUCAUAAGAUGCAUGUCCCAGUACUUUACUAUAACUUUCAGUAAAAAUAUAUUUUACCUACUACAGAAUCUGUUGACAUUCAUGCUGUAUGACAUCAGUUUGGGGAUAGUGUGGGGAUGUGUACAUAGAUUUUAAUGGAUCCAUCACUGCUCUUCUGGGUUGGGGUGCACCCCCAAGCUACACCUACAAUUACAUCACCAAGGGAUACAGUAAAUUAAGGCUUUUGCUUGUUAUAAAAGUUUUGAUUUUUGAAGCUUUGAGUAAAAAAUAAAAUGGCUUAGAUCUGUGAUGAAUGCUGGAGGGGGGUACAUUGUGGCAUUUAAGCACCAUAUGCCAUGAUAUAUAUAUAUGAACUGCAGCAAAACUUUAAGGAAAUGCUGCUCUCAGAUUACCACUUUAUUUGGACUCCACAUUUUGCCCCAUUGCAGCUUUUCUAAGUUCUCACUUGUACAUUUAUCUAUAAGCAAGCUCAAUUUUUAAGAGAGAAGCAGGUUUAGAAUGCCCAGUGUGUGGUUGUUAUUGGAGAAAGCAAGAGAGAUUAAAGAGUAUAAAAAAUGUUAAAUGUCCAGAGAAAAUCUAGUAUACAUUAGUACUGUGGCCACAACUUUAGAACCAAAGAAUUUUGUGAUUGUCUCAAAGCAUUAUUUGUGAGUGAUAUGAAAAAAGCAAAGAUAUUUCUUUGGAUGCACUCUGGGGAAACAGGUAACUAAAGCAGUGUUAUCUUAUGUGCAGCUACACAUCUUUGUUUCAUUUUAUGCUUUUUGCUUUCAUGCCUGCUUCAUUUUAACUAGUGACUCUUUCAGCAUUAGCAGACAGUACUACCACAACAUAUCAAGUUCCAUUGCAAACAGUGUGAAGCAGACAAGAGUCUUAGGUUUACAGUGUUGUAUUGACUUAAGUUUGCAUUUGUUUUGUAAAAUUUGUAAGAUAUCCAUCACUAAGUGUCCUUAAAACACAUACAAAUGUAUUUACUUGUUUGUUCCUUUUAAGAAGGGACAAGUAUUGAUAGCCUCAUAGCAGGGAUUUUCUGUUAAAGUAUGUAAAAAUUGAGAAAAUGCUGUAAUUGAAAAGUUCUGGAUUGUUUGCUUACAAUGUGUUAAUCACAGUGUGCAGAAAUGGCAAGUAACAUCCACGUUUAAUAUAAUGGAAAUGCUGCUAAACUGUACUGUUUGUAAAAAAAAAAAAAAAAAAAAAAAAAAAGGAUAACCGAACAAAUGAAUGAGCAAGCUGAAAUUUUUAAAUGAUUUAACCAUGCUUCAAAAUUGCAUUAAACCAGUGUAUGUGUUUUAAUAACAGCA